AUGUCCCGAGUCAAAUUUAUCGUAUGCCUAGUGGGCUUCUUGCUCGGCUACAAUUCAGCUGCGGUAACUCAGAGACGAGCGGCCACGUGGAAUUUACAAGGAUCGUCCGCCGCCACCGAAGCAAAAUGGACUAACAACGUUAGGCAAUUGGUUGUCGGUUCUAAUGCCGCCUCUGUGUUGGCUUUACAAGAAGCCGGCACUCCUCCAGCGUCGGCACAGCUACAAGGAAAUUUGGGCAAUCGCUUAUUGGACCCCCAAGAUUUACGUCAGCAAGUGUACGAAUACAAAUGGAACCUCGGUUCCGCUUCCAGGCCCGACUACAGAUGGAUUUACUACACCCAAAAUGAUUUGGGUGCCAACCGAGUCAACUUAGCUCUAGUAACAGCCGUAAAGCCUGAUCACGUACUAAUUUUGAGACCUCCUGGCGACUACAAAAGCGUCAGGCCUAUAUUGGGGGUCCAAUUCAACAAGGACAACUAUUUUACUAUUCACGCCAGCGCUAGUGGAGGGGGCGAUGCUGCUUCCAUAGUGAACGUGAUUGCCAAUUAUUUCGGUUCUCGUCAAGAGUACGAUCAUCAAUUUAUGAUUAUGGGGGACUACAAUAGGAGUCCUGCAGAGCUCAGGGCUGCUUUGCAAAGGCAACAUCCCGAUAUUCUUAAUCACGUUGGAAUAUACGCUCCUGCGACUAAAACUCACAGGAACGGUGGCAUUUUGGAUUAUGCGGUUAUCGGACAGUACAGCUACGAUUUGCCGAAUCGAAUUGCGGUCUACGCUGUGACUCCGAGUUUGAGUGGACAAUUGGUUUCUGAUCAUACGCCUGUUGUAUUCAAUGUUGCUCAAAGAGACGAAUAAUACUAUAAUAUAAAUUUAAUUAUUUAAUAAAAAAGUUAGAUGAGAUGGUACCUACCUUUAAUGGGGAAUGAUCUAGAAAUUAAUAAAAAGUUUGAUUUUAUGAUUGAUUCUGGGGCAGAUAUUAAAUGUAUUCCUGUAUAACGACUUUCGAGAUGCCACAUGCAGAAAAGUUACAGGUCCUUCAGGAGCAAAUUUUAGUGUUUUGGGAAUUCGAAUUUUUCGAUAAUUUUCCGACAAAAUCCUACUGGGUUCUUCUCAUGGGUCUUCCACGUUGGCGUAUAGGUCGUACUAGUGUUGGAACUUCUCCUUUUCCCACAUAAGGUGCCAUAGGUGACGUAUGUAAUUUGAUGGUGGGACCUUCAGUUGGCUCUAUAGGUUUAACUUCAAUUGUUGUUGGAGUGACAACCUUAGUGACUUUAUAUGGACCAUCACGUCGUGGAGCAAAUUUUGAUGUAUAGGCAUCUUUGGCUUUGCUAAUUGGGUGUGUAUCCACCAUCACUCGAUCUCCCUCUUUGUAAUGGGGAAUAGUUUUUCUCCUUUGGUCAGCAUAAUGUUUUGAUUUAUCUUGGGACGUUUCAUGGAGCUCUUUUGCUUCUCUCAAGGUUCUAGCAAUAUGUAUCAAAUAAGGGGUAACUUGAGGAAUGAAAUUUUCACUUUCAGUGAUAGCUCUCAUGUCCUUUUCUAUAUCAUCGGGUGUGCGGAGCUCUCGUCCAA